AACAAGCCAUCACAUGUUCAUGUCUGCUGCCAUUUCUUCCAAUAAGACUUUUCUCCCUAUAUGUGUCUUUAAAUACGGCAUUUUGAUAGUUCAAGUAUGCCAUGCACAAGUUUCUCACCAUCUAGAUUCCCUGCUUCUGCAAACCAAAUUAAUGGAGCUUUCUCAUGUACCCAAUUUUUCAGCAUUUUGGUAUAUGUACCUUCACGUCAUAAUCCUUUUCCUUUUCCAUCCUACCACUCAUGUAAAGGCAAUUCGAAAUGACACUGAUCGAUUGGCUUUGCUGAAAUUCAAAGAAGCCAUAGCCACUGAUCCAUAUGGGUUCUUGAACUCAUGGAAUGACUCCUUGCACUAUUGCAAUUGGCAUGGGAUCACUUGCGGCAGAAGGCAUCAAAGAGUAGUAGCCAUGAACCUUUCUCAUUCUGAUUUGCAUGGAACCAUAUCACCUUACAUUGGCAACCUCUCAUUUCUUAGGUUCAUCAACCUUCGAAAUAACAGCUUCUCCGGCAAGAUUCCACAACAAGUAGAUCAUUUAUUCCGACUGCGCCAUCUCAACCUAAGUUACAACAUGUUGGAGGGGGGAAUUCCAGUCAACCUCACAUUCUGCCCAGAAUUGAGCAUCAUAAGUCUUGCAAAAAACAUCCUUAACGGCCAAAUUCCGUCAGAGAUUGGCUUAUUGGAGAAGCUUGAGCAUCUUGAAAUUUACAAAAACAAUCUGACUGGACGUAUCCCACCUUCCUUGGGAAAUCUCUCAUCAAUUAGCCGUCUCAUCUUAGGAUUUAACAAUUUGGUGGGUAGUGUUCCAGAGGAGAUUGGACGAUUGCAAAGCUUAUCCGUAUUCUACAUCGAUGACAAUCAGUUCUCUGGUACGAUACCUCCCUCCAUCUUUAAUAUAUCAUCUAUGAAAGACUUGGCACUUACAAGUAAUAAUUUUAAGGGCAGUAUUCCACCUGGUGUAGGCGUAACCAUGCCUAAUCUCCAAAUAUUUGAACUUGGUGAAAAUGAAUUAUCUGGACAAUUCCCAGCUUCAUUUUCAAAUUCUUCUCACCUUCAAAUACUUGAUAUUCCCAACAACUUUUUUGUGGGGCAAAUUCCCUCAAGUAUUGGAAAUCUUCCAGAUCUCCGGUGGCUCGGUUUAAGUACCAAUAAUCUAGGAAGUAAUUCAUCUAAUGAUUUGGGAGUUGUAACAUCCUUGACAAAUUGCAGCAAACUAGAAGUACUUGAUAUGAGUGAAAACAAUUUUGGAGGUAUUUUGCCCAACUCUGUAGCCAAUUUGUCAACCCAACUAACUAAACUCUAUUUUGGUGUCAACCAUAUCUCAGGAAUGAUUCCUGCAGCCUUAGCAAAUCUCAACAAUCUAAUAGUACUGGACCUGCAUGAUAACCUUUUCACAGGUGUCAUUCCUACUUCUUUUUCAAAGUUCCAAAAGCUGCAAAAGUUGGGUUUAGAUGUUAAUCGAUUAUCAGGACAGAUCCCAUCUUCCAUAGGAAACCUCACUCAAUUAUUUCAACUCCUCCUAGAAGAAAAUAACUUAGAAGGUAGCAUUCCCCAAAGUAUUGGAAACUGCCAAAACUUGCAGUACAUGACCGUUUCACAUAAUAGCCUCAGUGGAAAUAUACCACCACAGGUUAUUGGUCUUUCCUCCUUAUCUCUCUUACUCAACUUAUCACAAAACUCACUAACUGGCAAUCUGCCUGUGGAAGUGGGUAAGCUGAAGAAUAUCAAUACACUGGACAUCUCUGAUAACAAUUUGUCCGGAGAAAUUCCAGAUAUCAUUGGAACCUGUCUGGGCCUUCAAUUUCUCUUUCUACAAGGAAAUCUCUUUCAAGGAAUCAUACCUUCUUCUUUGGCUUCUUUGAAAAACCUUGAGUAUCUAGAUCUAUCCCGAAACAACUUCUCAGGAAAAAUUCCAAAAAAUCUACAAACACUUCCAUUCUUGCUACAUUUGAACCUUUCUUUCAAUAAUCUGGAGGGUGAGGUACCAAAAGAAGGAGCUUUUCGAAAUACUAGCGCAAUAUUGUUGGUUGGAAAUCCCAAACUAUGCGGUGGUGUUUCGGAAUUGCAGCUGCCAGCAUGCCCCGUCAAAGCACCAAACCAGAGAAAGAGCCAUGGUUUCAACCUAAAGUUAACAGUUUCUCUAGUGGCUGGAUGCUCUCUUUUGUUUGCGUUCUUGUUUGCUCUUUAUUGGAGGAGAAAACAGAAGAAGAAACCAUUAUCUGCAGAAUCAUCAAUCAGUUUCCUUUCAAAGGUUUCAUACCAGACAAUCUAUCAAGCUACCGGUGGAUUCUCCCCAAGCACUCUAAUUGGAUCAGGCAGUUUUGGCUCUGUAUACAAAGGGAUUCUUGACCAGGAAGAAAACAAGGCGGUUGCCAUAAAGGUCCUCAACCUUCAACAGAAAGGAGCUUCCAAGAGUUUCACAGCAGAAUGCAAUGCACUGAGAAAUAUCCGACACAGAAAUCUUGUGAAGAUCCUAACGUGUUGCGCCAGCAUGGAUAACAAUGGUAAUGAAUUCAAAGCUCUAGUGUUUGAAUAUAUGUCAAACGGAAGCUUAGAGGAGUGGCUGCAUAGUGAAGACCAAUCAAGGAGCUUGAACCUUCUUCAAAGACUGAACAUUGCUGUUGAUGUGGCUUCUGCAUUAUGUUAUCUUCAUGAGCAUAGUGAACCACAAAUCAUUCACCGUGACAUGAAGCCAAGUAAUGUUCUUCUCGACGAUGACAUGGUUGCUCGUGUUGGUGAUUUUGGGUUAGCAAGACUCAUCAUGGACUCCUCUCAAAAUCAAACUAGCACCGUUGGAAUAAAGGGAACCAUCGGUUAUGCUGCUCCAGAGUAUGCAAGUGGUGUGGAGGCAUCAAAACAAGGAGAUGUAUAUAGUUAUGGAAUCCUUGUAUUGGAAAUGUUCACAGGAAGACGGCCCACCGACGAAUUGUUCAGAGACGGUUUGAAUCUCCACAAUUUUGUUAAGAUGGCAAUACCAGGAAGGCUUGUGAAGAUUGUGGACCCUGCUCUUCUAGCCACUUUAGAAGAGACAGCAACUGCAACCACAGAAAAUGAAUUGACCAAGAUGAGUCGUUACAACAACGAAGUUGAAGCAGGAGAACAGAACACAGAUAAUGAUGAUUUGUGCAAGAUGAAUGCUUAUCUGUGGAACUGCAUUUUUCCUAUCCUUAAGAUCGGACUUGCAUGCUCGGAAGAAUUACCAAGGAACAGAAUGUCUAUGGAGGAUGUACACAAGGACCUACACCAUAUACAAAAAGGUUACAAUGGUGUUCAGAUCCGUCAAGAGAGACCAAGAAGAAGAUAGAGUAUGGCAUGGGAGCGAGGUGUUGGUAUCCUGCAAGUUACAUGGCAUUGAAUCCUGGUAGUACUGCAGGCUUCUAAAAUCUAAAGCCAACAUGAUAGCCUGAACGUGCACGUGCAGCUUUGUCCUAUUGACUCUGCCUGAUAAUGUGGAAUAUAUAUGUUGUAGCUAAAUAAUGCGAGUGCUUAAUUUCAAAUUCUAGUUUAUGAGGUCUUUCUUCUGUGGAUUUUCUGAAAGAGCUAAGGGAGACUAGCCAUGUUGUAGCUUAAUUAUGUGUAAUAUAUUAGUGAAGGUAAUACGAUUGUUUAGCAAUCAAACACCUGAAUCCUGAUGCAUAAACAUUCACACAUUGGCAUGGAAAUCACACUAUCUUUACUUGGAGUAAUGAAAUGUGGGUGUUAUAUUACAUCACCGAAAUUUACUAAACGCAGCCAAUGAAUAUCAAAUGAAGAUGUAGCACAAUAACCAGUUCUACAAGUGCUGUACAUGUAAUUUGUGCCAUAAAUAACAGAGAAGGCAGUUAUAUAGCAUUCUCACUGUAAAGAACCAGCUAUUUGCUUCUGUUCCAAAUCCCAAACCUGCCAACGUCAAUAUAUCGCCUUUGGGGGCGAAUAUCAGAAGCCCUCUCUACCACUGGACACAAGAUUUAGACCAACGAAAAUUCUACUAUGGACCAUGGUUAUGUUUGGCGCGUGAACAGCACGCGCGGCUAUAUGGCAAGUGAAAUACCAUUGCUUCAGACGUCGUGGGUCCCCAAUCUUACGUCCUAGCCUCUUCCAUUAACCCAGGCCGGCACCGAACACCUAUAGCACCAGUACGAACUGUGGCAUCAGGAAUCGACGAGGCGUUGAGGUACCUGAGCGGAGCCGGAGCCGGAGCCGGAGCCGGACCGAUACGAACGACCUCGUCUGCAGAUCUGACACGCAAUAGUUUGAAUUCCGAGUCUCUUUGCGGUCCUCAUGAUCCUGCACGCAAUUUUGCCUCUGUUGGCUAUCAGAAUCUUCUCGAUUCUCUCCGGCAAGUCGGAGAAUGAUCGGAGUGAUGGUAUUCGGAAGUGGAAUGGCUUGCCCGUGACCUUCCGGCGGAGGAUGGUGGCCACUGACGCCAUGGUUUGGAGUGAAUGAGAGACGAAGUGGACUUGGAUGGCAACGCUGCUGUGUUAAUGGUUUUUUGUUAGGUGCUCCGUGCUGUUGUAUACCAGAUGCCCAUAUGCGGUUAGGUAACCGCGCGUGUCAGUCAGGCGCGGAAUUACGGCUUGGUGCAGGUGGACUUGGUCCACAGAAGACUCUUCGAUUAAACCAAUCAAUACUUUUAGUACCGUAACGGAUGUUGAAGAUGACAGAAUUAUAUUGAUACUGGAUAGUCCCUAGUAGCUGAUGUAUUAUUA